UUGGAGAAAAAACAACCACGACGACGGACAACGGACGACGACUAUGACUACGACGACGACGACAAGAUGAUGCUGGUUGUGCUUCUGAUUCUGCUUCUCCUAUAUUGAUGAAGAUCGCGGUGAUCGUUUAUAGGGACUCUAUUAUGGUUCUUCCAUUGAAAAUCGUUAUCGUUUCCAUAGUCGAAUCCAAACCGUGCUGGUAUGCAGACGUAAAAUAGCUGCCUCUCUUAUACGAACACGCUAUUAUAAUAAUUUAUUUUUCAAAUCGAAAAAGAUGUUUUUAUCGUUCAUUUUAAAAAUAUAGAUUGUUUUGUUUUUGCUAAGGACAGCAUCUUCUUCUUCAUCUUUGUCUUUUUCAAAAAUUAAAUCUGAAUAUCUCAAGAUUCCGGGAUUUUUGAAAUUUUUAUGAGAGUUAAUUUGAAUUUUAACGAAAUUUACGCGAUAGAUUUGGAAACACCAAACAUCUGGUGAGAGAGUGUCCUUUUUUGUGUCACGUUCACGUCGAAUGGCCUGCGUCUUUUUUCAAAGUGAUUUUGUGGAUUUGUGCUUCGUUCCGUAACUCAUUUGAAUGUUAUACGUCUGUAACUGAAGGGGAUUUUCCCCGAAAUAAGUAAUACUAUCUAUAAUCUUGAGCUUAUGUAAAUACUAGAAAAACGUAGAUUUUUGCAGUACAUAUAGAUUGUGCUUUUUGUGCAAAAUAUUUAAGUUAAGAAUUUAUGUGAUAGAAAUUUUGUCCGUUAAGAAAAAUAAUAAUCCAUCAGUGAAAUCUCAAAUUAACAAACAAAAAUAAAAUAUAUAUUAAAAUAUAAUUAAACCCCAAAAAUGGACACGUUAAUGAUAAUUUGGAACAUUGCUUCGUUGCAUUGUUCGGCGCGGCCAGAAAUCUCACCGUGCACCUGCGAACCAAUGCUUACUCAGAAUCGCAUCGCCCUAUCAUGCGAAAAAGUCGAUUCGUUUAAUCAAAUCGUCGAUGCUUUAGCCGCGGGCAAGUUCUCGUCGAAUCUUACCAUAAGCUUAGAGAUAUCCUACUCGCAGUUAGAUGACCUGGAGAUGAGAUCCUUUUCUGAAAUGAAGCUAAACUUGUACAAACUACGAAUGACAUCUGACAGCUUAAGGACUAUCCCAGAGAUGCCUUUUCGGGGACUUUCGAAUUUGGAAUACCUUGGUUUAGCUGAAAACGAAUUGGACGAGAUACCGAGGCAUGUGCUGCAUCAUCUACCGAAAACAUCGACGUUAGACUUGGGGAAGAAUAAUAUAAAAGCAGUCCUGCAAGAUGACUUUAAAGGAAAUCCUAAGAUAACGUUCUUGAUAUUAGUCAGUAACAAUAUAGCAAGGUUAGAUAAAGGGACUUUCCCGACAGAAGUCAAAUCGUUGCAUUUGGGUCGAAAUCAAAUCACGACCUUAAAUGGAACACUGUUGAACCUUCCAAAUCUUGAGUCACUCUUCAUAAAUAUGAACAAUAUUCAAUCUCUAGAAAAUGAGUUGCCAGUCUUACAAAAUCUCAAGUUUAUUCUCGCGCAAAACAACAGCCUUGAGAAGCUACCUCAGAGUAUGAGAGACAUGCCGAACCUUGACUCACUGUUUUUCCAGAACAACCAGCUGAAGUCCCUGGACGGUGUGCUGCGCAAUGCCAAAAAACUAAAGGAACUCAAGGUCCACAAUAACAAAAUCGAGUAUUUAGCCCAAGACGAAUUUCUUGAGGUUGAGUCGUUGGAAAUUAUCGACAUGGCAUACAACAAUAUUAAAUCGCUCAAUAAUUCUCUGUUGCCAAUGAAAAGUCUUAUAAAGUCGAAUUUUUCAUUUAACGAAAUGGAAGUAUUUUCCAUGAACGAAAUUCGAGGCUUGGAAUAUUUAAGAGAGUUGGAUAUUUCAUAUAAUCGCAUUCAAAAGCUCACCGGACGUCAGGAGAAUCGAAUUGAUUCACAGUCGUUUUUGGUUGAAUUGUAUUUAGAUCGAAAUCAAUUGAGAUCGCUAGAUGGCGCUUUAAGUGGAUUGAAUAAACUAAGAAAGUUGAUGUUGACUCACAAUCAAAUCGAACGUAUAGACCCGGAAGACUUUAUUGGUUUAGAAAGUUUGGAUACUCUGGAUUUGUCACAUAACCAGCUACUGACUUUGGAAGAUACUUCAACCACGGUUCUUCCAUCGCUCAAAACGAUAAGAGUAGAGUACAACAAUCUUACGAAACUAGAAAAGGACUUCCAUGGCUUACCAGUUCUUUGCCAUGCCAAUUUGAUGCAUAACCAGAUAACGUCUGUGUCAGCUGAGCUUGUAUCAAAAACUAAGUGCUCCAAUCAUGGUGUUCCCGGUCGUCUUGAAAUAUGGCUUGAGCAUAAUCCAAUUAUGUGUGAGUUUGAGCGUGUAAAUGAGCUUUGUCCGAUAAUGUCCUCGCAGGAGGCCAGUAUCCGUGGCAAGUCGCAAUGCUACGAAAAUGAUCGUGAAGUCUGCAGCGAGACGCCUCUGCUCCUGCAGGCUACAUAUUCUGAUAAUCUUCCCUUGAUUUUAAAAUCGGGACAGAUGUUUGUCGCUGUUCCGAUAAAUCCCAUUCCUUUCAACCCAAAACCUAUGAAAAAGGUAGAUUUGUUGCCAGCCAUCAUAUCACCGAGUAACUCACAGUAUAUCAAAGCUCUACCAGCACCGCCCCCCUUGAUUAGUGCUUUAUCCCCAACUUCCACAACAACAACAUCGACAACAACAACUUUGCCCACCACAACAACGAGCACCACAACAACAACCACAACGACGACAACUCCAGCUCCAGCACCUUUGGAAAUAGAAAUAGAAACUGUGACACAAAGGGAUAUCCUAUCAGCGCAUCAGAUACCACUGCAACAUCAGGAAGAUAUCAUCCAAGCCGUGAUCCCAUUGCAACAUCCAACAGAUUUCCAAACAGACUACCCCACAAUUGAGUAUGUUCCGUUGCCAGAGGAAGAUUCGGGUCAGUCGAAUUUCUCCGAUGGCGAAGAUAAUUCAGUGCAAGAAGUGUAUUCGCCAGUGGUUAUUCCAAGUUUAGAGAAUUCACAGAGGCGUCUAAUGCAAGAAGAGCCGCCUGAAACACCUUAGGUGUUUCCUAGAUGGAGGCGUGAUAUAUGAAAGUUUAGUUUUUGUUGCGUUGUUGAGGACACGUGAGGACUAUAGAGGAGAGGAGGAGAAGAAGGAGGAAGAAAAGAAAGCAGGAGAGCAAAUGUUUAAGUUAUUAAUACAUUUUUAAUUAUAAGUUGUUUUUAGUUACAGUAAUUAUAUUAUUUUUAUUAUUAUUAACUAUAAUUUCGUUUUUUUUUUUAUUUUUUAUUUUCUAUUAUACAUUUUUAAUUUACUAAACAUCUGAUUAUAUUUUUGAUUUUUAUUAUUAUUUAAUUUAUGCUUAAAAAAUGAUAACAAGAAAAUUACAUAAUGUAGAAACUGAAGCAGCGUAGAAAAAAUAAGAAUAUUAGGACUCACGAAGUUUUGUUUUUUAUUUUAUUAUUAUUUUUUGUUUUUGUCAUUAAUAAAUAAUAAUAAUAAUAAUGUGUGUGCAUGCAGGCUGGAGAUAUUAUAUUGUAAUGUACUUGAGAAUGUAAAGCCAAUCCAAAAUAGAAAUGAAAAUCUGAUGUAAUGUAUAAGGACAAUACGAUAUUAUAGUUUUGUAGGAAAUAAAAAAAAGGUAUUUUCCAAAAACUGUGUA